UUCCCGUUGUUUCUGUUUCUACCAGAGCCGUUCUCCACAGAGUAGCAAUAGUUCUGUGCUCGUGUCUGCGUUGAGAUGCGAUCGGUCGCGUAAUUUUGUGCAGAAUAAUGUUCAGACUUUGGACCAGAAGCUUAACGCAGAGUUUAGCGACCGAUUGAACGCACGUCUGUCCUUUUUCAAGAAUGUAGCCAUCAAUUGUGUGUUACGGGUAAAUUUAUUUCUUAGUUAGACAGAGUCCGUACUUCGCCAAGUACUAACUAGCUAACUGGCUAAUUCAUUGCGCAUCUCCGUGAGCUAAGCCGCGGAGGCUAGCAGCGCGCGUUGGCGUCUUGCAAGUUGUUGGUUUUAAUAAACGCUAACAAAAGAAGCAACUGGUUCAGCCAAACAUAAUGGUAUGGGUCAAAGGGAUUUCACUUCGUUCGAGGCUUCCAUGAAAAGAAGGAACAGAAUUCCCGCUGUCUCUAUGUGUCGACUGGAUGUGGAGUCCGCUGUUGUGAAGAAGGAAGUUGAGCCCGUCGGAGGAGAUGGUGCCCUUUCUUCGUCAAGGUACGUGUUGGGCCGUGGGGUGAAGCGUAAGCUGAGUACAUGUGAGGACAUUGCCCAGGACUUGCCGUAUCCUCAGCAGAGGCAGCUGGUGCUGGACUUGUGUCUGGACAAGCUACAAAGCUGCCAGCAGCGAGCAGAACCCAGCCUCCAUCGUUCAGUUCUGCUGGCCAACACUCUCCGUCAGAUUCAGCAGGAGAUGAGACAGGAAGGAGAAACAUGUUUGCCGCCAGCCCCACUCACCCCAACGCUCCCUCACGCCUCAACCCCACGUCAUUUACCUGACUGUCCACCCGUGCCCUUAAACUGUCCUCUACCUGAAGCGAUAUCACUGACAACAUCAGAGGAUGAUGAGGUCCGGUUGGGUGGUGCAGAACACGAGAGCCUUUUAACAGGGGAGGAGGGCGCAAGGUCGUCAGAUUUGCUCUUCGGCUCGUUUGAGAUUACGAAUUCGACCAGCUACUUGACUGACUUGGCACUGGACGACAUCUUUGAGGACAUCGACACGUCAAUGUACGACUCCUCUGACAUUACUGUUCUGUCGUGUCCUGCACAAAGAAGUGGCGGAGUGGACGAUGGCCUCAAGAACCUUUCAAACUGCACCUCCAACAGCAGCCUGCAUCUCUGUCUCUCAGACCUCAAUGACCUGGACCACAUCAUGGAGAUCCUGGUGCGCUCCUGAACCUCUCGCGCCGCAGUUCAGACAGCCAUCCUAAUGUUUCUAUGGGAAGUAAUACAAUGCGUGCUUUUUUUAAACAAAUAUUUUAUCUAUUUUUAUACAAAGGACUGAUAUAUUUAUAUAAGAAACUGCCUGACACACUUUCACUGUAGGAUAAAUGCACAUUUUUAAGACUUUUCAGAUGGUUAAGCUUAUGCUGCCAUCCUUCAUAUUUAAGCAAACUAAGAUGAAUAUGCAGGGACUUCAGAAGCAAAGUAUUACUAUUGAUGCUUUUAUUUAUAGCGGACCGUGAAUCGAGUUGUAUUAAAGAGGAGGAAAUAUUGGAUCGCGAUGGACCCCUCGUAGCUUUUGCUGAGAUAAAUGACAUUUAUUUUUUGUGAACUGAUCUCCACUGUAUUCUGAAGCAUUACUGUCAGUUAUUAUGAUUAUCAGAUCAUGUCAUGCACAUGCAGCACCCAUACUACCUCUCAAGAUACCAAGAGCUCUUUCUAUACAAAGACUGUCAUUGUUACAAACUGUCUAUUAAUGGGUUCUCCUCAAUAACUUUCAAAAACUGGUGAUUGUUUUCAAUACGACUCUCUGUUCAUGGGAGAGCCUGGAUUCAGAAGUUGCGAAUGGCAAAAAUACUUUCUUUUGAAAGCCUUUCUGACAUUUUUUCAAAGGUUUCCGAGUCGUUCGGUUUCAGUCGCUUGCGUAUGAAGUGAUAUAUUUGUAACGAUUUAAUGUUAUUUCUACUUUUCACGUACACGAUUGUCAGACACACAGCCACCGUCGAAUCCCUCGUACAAACAUAGUGCCUACAACGGAGAAUGAAGACUGCCGAUGAUGAACUGCACACUGUGGACCCGCAUGCUAUCCUUCCCAUAAUGCUUUCGGCUUGUCUGAUGCUCUGUCCUUUAAAGAAGCCAUUACCCCAAAUGUGGGUCCACAUCUCCUCCCUGUUGCCCUUCAUUAAUGUGAUCUACACUGCGUAACGUAUAUUGUGGAUGCCUUUUGUGCUCUGGUUUUGAAGCCCAUUUCUAAAGGUCCAAGUUUAUACCCUUUUCUAUGGGGGUCCACACUGAUGUCUCAUCUGUCUGCUCUUUCCCUUAUGCCGCCUUUCCAAUGUACACGACAAACGACACACCAAAAGAUGUGGGGCUUGCGAUCGCAUUCGUUUCCAAACUUUCGGAUCCAAUACGAGUUGAACUUGAGCGAUAGCGCUGCAUGCGGCGUACCGGUCGUAAGUGAUUUAUUUCAAGCAAAACAAUGUGUGCAAGGUAAAAAUUAUUAACUUGAUCCUUUAUCAGUAACACUUGAAUCCUUUAAAAACGAUUAAUUACUGAUAAGUAAUAAAUUAAUAAUGCAAUAUUUGCAUGUUAUUAUUUUUAAUCUCGUCUCCAUAUGUUCGGUCUUUUGUCAUAUGUGACCCUGGACCACAAAAGUAGCAUGCUACAUUUGUAGCAAUAGGCGAAAAUACAUUGUAUGGGUCAAUAUAAAAAAAAAUCUUUUAUGCCAAAAAUAAUUAGGAUAUUAUGUAAUGUCCAUGUUUCAUGAGGAUAUUUUGUACUUUUCCACGUAAAUUUACAAAAAUGUUAUUUUUGUGAGUGGGUGCAGUGCUAAUUGUGCGUUCACACCAGCCGCGGUAGAGGCGGCAAAAACGCGCUAAUUGCGUGUAGUUAGGCGCUUGAACAUUUUGAACAUUCACGCAUGAAAUUCUAGUUAUUCGAGACAUUCACGUGGAAAUUCACAUCAUGGGAGGGGCUUCUGCGACUUCGCUGAGACUCUGCUCGCUUCCUGUAAUCACACACUACUUCAGCAAGGUCCUGAUUGGUUAACGCGGCACGGAAAUCUGCCGAAGUUCAGAUUUUUCAACUUUUUUUCCCGCGGCAACGCUCAAUUCGUGCGGAACGCGCAAUCUGCGUCUACCGCGCCGCAGGAUGCCUAAUUGCGUCUUUGCGUUGACUUAACAUGUAAAUCACCCGCGUUUGCCGCCUCUACCGUGUCUGGUGUGAACGCCCAGUAAGGACUUCAUUUGGACAACUUUAAAGGUGAUUUUCACAGUAUUUAGGUUUUUUUUGCACCCUUAAGGUGCGUUCACACCAGCCGCGGUAGAGGCGACAAAAACGCGUGUAGUUGGACACUUGAACAUUUUGAGUUUACUCGCUUCAUUCGCGCAUGAAAUUCUAGUCAUUCGAGACAUUCACGCGGAUAUUUGCGUCAUGGGGGGGGCUUCGCAACUUCGCUGAGACUCCGCUCGCUUUCUGUAAUCAUGUCAUUACUACAGCAAGGUCCUGAUUGGUUAAGACGGCGCGGAAAUCCGCCGAAGGUCUGAUUCUGAACUUGCGUGUUUCCCGUGCCAACGCUCAAUUCGCACCGCAGGAUGCCUAAUCGUGUCUUUGCAUUAAAUUAACAUGUAAAUUAACACUGGUGUGAACGUCCAUUUAGAUUUCAGAUUUUCAAAUAGUUGUAUCUCGGCCAAAUAUUGUCCUAACAAAUCAUACAUCAAUGAAACUCUUAUUUAUUCACCUUUCAGGUGAUAUAUAAGUCUUAAUUUCAUAAAAUUUACCCUUAUGACUGGUUUUGUGGUCCAGGGUCACAUAUAUACAUAGCUGUUUAUAGUUUCAUUCAUUUUAUUUAAUCCGCUAUGUAGGCUCUUGCGCUGGAAUGAGCUUCUCUCCCAACUUCAACAGUUGUGUCCGAAUGUCGUGUGCGAUGGAAAGGCUGUUUUAAGCUUUAGGGCCGUUUAAGCCAUCUCAGUCAUAACACUGUUAUUAGUUACACGCUAGAAGUUUGUAAGAUGGUACCCCAAAAGCAUAUAUUUUUCCCACUUUAUCAUCUGUGUCUUUUACCAUCAGUUGAGACUGCUUGCAGAAAGUGAAUUCUGAGCCACAAACUGCAGUCGGCAAGUCUUAAGACAGGGGGAAGGGAAAGAACAAGAGACAGAGAUUAAGGCGGUGGGUGGGGUAGGGGUUAAAGCAAACAGCUUCUGUCACGUGGAGAUUCUUACUAGCGCUAAAGGCUACAUUGAGAGUUUGACAACAGCUGGUAGGUCUACGCUCACAUCGGUGUGCAUGUUGGUAACAAAGCUCCGCCCCCGGUGGGGCCCAGAGAGGCUCCAUUCUCCUCCCAACCAAUCACUUUUAGCCUAGGGAGGAGCUUUGUUCUUUGGUUCUGGGUCUGUUUGAGCAUAGUGAAAUGUCUUCCCUACCCAGGCAAUCAUCACUGCUUGUGUUAUACACGGGCCACUGAGUCACAAAUUUGAGUUAAAUAAAGACGUU